GUGGCAUGCGGAUUUCAGUUGAAAUUCAACUGCCGCGUACUCAGAACGCUCCACGGGCAUCUGGCUGGGCCGGGGCACAACUUCCGACCACCGAGAAGUACGAGUGCGAGAACGUGAACAAGACCUCGAACAGAAACGCGAAAUUAAAUUGCACAUUAAAAUUAAAUGGGAACACAAUAAAAAGUUUCACUCUCACCCGAAGAAGACCAACACGUUUAUGAUUUCCCUCUCGCCUUUGCACCUUGGAUUUCGGUUAUCUCAUCGGCCGCGUUCCUAGUUGCUUAAAUGCCAAUUUGGGUGGCGGGAAAGGCAUUUAAUCAACUCAAGUCUCCUGGCUUCCGCGCCGCAUUGUGACACAAAAGAGAGCAAGGGCCAGAGCCUCAGCUUGAAAGUCUCGCUGGGAAAGUCCUUGGCAUACCUCCACUCCACAGAGAGCUGCUCUGCAGAACUCCGGCCCGCACACACAUUCACAAACGAAAUUCCCAGUGAAAACAUCGCCAUAAAUUAACAACUAAUUCAAUUAACUGCUGACAACGACAACGUCAACGAGCGACGCUUGGCUGCAGUCAGGACAAGGACUAGUGCCGGGAAAAGGACCAAGACCUAGGAGCAGCACCAGGACCGGCACCCGAGCCACUGCAUCGCCUCAGGAUAUGCGGCAAGUUGCUUAGAAGAGUUUCCACCCAGCAGCAAGAGACGAGCCCCCCUUUUCGCCCACGCAGCUCCAGUUGAAUGCAGCCAUGAGUGAGCAGAGCAGCAACAGCAGCAGCAGUGACAGUGGCAGUGGCAGCACCAUUGCAGCGAUUGCUGAAAGUGCCGCAGAAAGCGGCCCGGACUUCGAUGCACUUCGCGCCGCCUGUAGUGCUCGCUUGAACGGGAGCAGCAGCCAUCUGUCGGGACCCAGCCCAGGACCAGAACCCGGACUCGGACCCCGCCCUUUCUGUCCCGGUACCUUUGAUGGUUGGCUUUGCUGGCCGGAUACGGCCGCGGGCACUUCCGCCUACGAGCUCUGCCCUGACUUCAUCACGGGCUUCGAUCCAACACGAUAUGCUCACAAGGAGUGCGGCAGCGAUGGGGAGUGGUUCAAGCAUCCGCUGAACAACAAGACCUGGUCGAACUACACGACCUGCGUGAAUCUCGAUGACCUCGAGUGGAAGCACAACGUGAAUCUGAUCUAUGAGGUCGGCUACGGCAUCUCUCUUCUGGCCAUCCUACUCUCGCUGGCCAUACUCGGAUAUUUCAAAACUCUGAAAUGCGCCCGCAUCACGCUGCACAUGAAUCUGUUCGCCUCGUUUGCGGCCAACAACUCGUUGUGGCUCCUCUGGUAUCUGAUGGUUAUGCCCAACACGGAGCUCCUGCAGGACAGUCCGGCCCGCUGCGUUGCCUUGCACAUCAAUCUGCACUACUUCCUGCUGACCAACUACUCGUGGAUGCUGUGCGAGGGCUUCUAUCUGCACACAGUGCUCGUGUCCGCGUUCAUUUCCGAGAAGAGGCUUGUCAAAUGGCUGAUCGCUUUCGGAUGGGGCUCACCGGCCGUUGUCAUAUUCGUCUACAGCCUGGCCCGAGGUCUGGGCGGCUCCGCCGAGCAGAAGAUACACUGCUGGAUGAGCCCCACUGACUAUGACAACAUUCUGGUGGUGCCCGUUUGCAUAUCGAUGUUCCUCAACCUGCUGUUCCUGUGCAAUAUUGUGCGCGUGGUGCUCCUAAAGCUUAAUGCCCCGGCCAGCAUCCAGGGCAGCUGCGGCCCAUCGCGGACUGUCCUGCAGGCGUUUCGAGCCACGCUACUACUGGUUCCACUGCUUGGCCUCCAGUACAUCGUCACCCCGUUUCGUCCUGCGCCAGGACAUCCCUGGGAGAAUACAUACGAAAUCAUCUCAGCGUUUACGGCCUCAUUCCAAGGUCUGUGUGUGGCCACACUCUUCUGUUUCUUCAACGGCGAGGUGAUUGCCCAGGUGAAGCGCAAGUGGCGGAUGCUGUGCUUCAGCAAUCGGCCGCGGACCAACUCCUACACAGCCACUCAGGUCUCGUUCUUUUGAUUGUAGUUCGUGCGCAGCGGACCGCCCCUGCCCGGCGAGGAGAAGGUAUGACUAAAGGACCUGUCGGCCAAGCGACGAGCCUCCUCGGCACCACACCACCAGAACCAGAACCAGAACCAACACCAGCCGCAGGACCAGAGAGCCCGCAGCCAGAGUAUGACGGGUAGCCAGAGCCUCCUCGAGAGCUGGCGCAACAAAAUCCCCUUCCGACACCGCCGACAAACCAUUGACAACUCGCGCCAACAGCAGCCCCUAAUGGAGGAGCGGGAUCCAGCGUCCUGUCUGACUGUGGGAACCGCGGAAGCAGUGCUCGUGGCAGGCGGCGAGGCAGAUGUCGCCGGCAGAAAGCCGACACUGAUGACGACCAUAGCGGAAGAUGCAGCGGAGAGACCAGCCGGAGAACCCCAUGCGAAUGCUAGAGGCAUUGUCAUUGUCCGAAUGGAGAGAGCAGGCCAUCAGCAGAUAGCCGAUGAGGCGCUUUAAGUGAAUCAACCCAACCCCCACCACCGUGCAGGUCACACAACAUCUCAUAGUUUUAAGCAGCUGAAACUAAACCAAAUCAUCAAUAUGACUACCGCUAAUCAAGUAAUGAACAUGGCAGGCAUGGCUGAAAUAAAUUUCGCCUGCGGGCAAGUGCAACCCACCAACUAUAAAGAACUAUCAUCCCAAGUACCCAAGUACCUCAGUUAAGUUUUCAUAGUCUCUCCCCAAGUUUUGCUUGGGCUACUUAUACCCUCCGUUCGUGGGAAGAAGAGAAAUUGAUUUCAGCGAUGGUCGGGCGAUGGAAAUAUCCAUUUAUGAUAGCAUAUGUUAUUUAUUGUACGAGUAUUUAUGAAUGUUAGAAUUUACGUGGAUAUUAAAUAUCAUUGUUGUCUUAA